GGGACACUAAAAUGCAUUUAUAUUUAUGGUCCUGGGGGUUUUGAGACACUUUAAAUAAUAUAUUUGAAAGAUACUUGUUCCACAAUAGUGGAGUAAUUUAUGCAUAGGUUGCUUUAAGAGGAGGGGAUUCUGCAGUGUUUUGGCAUGCAACUUGUUGGAUUUUUCUGUUCCCUCUUAAAUAUUAGCUUUUUUUUAUUUUUUUUGUCUUCUGAAGACUUAUAAUGUGUGUUCCAUACAGUGUAUAUAAACCAUAAAUACUUGUGCUACAACUCUGUAGCUUUUUGGAUUAUGGUUCUUACCUUGUGUUUCAGCAGCCUAACUUGUGCUUUUUUUUCUUCCAUAGUACUUUAAUCUUUAGGGUGAUAUGUAUGUAGAACUUCUGAACCAAGCCUUACUUGUAAUUUUUCUUUUCGGAGUCUGUUUUUAACUCUGAGAAUAUAAAAAUUUUUAAGGGGAAUGGGGUGCUUUCUUUCUGCUUAUUAUCUGCUUACAUUAGAGGAGUGCCUUGUGCAAUGUCUUGUAUCUGAAAUGUAAUAGGUAAUUCUUACAGGUUUUGUUCAAAAAAACUGGCAGCAAUUAAAGGAGUGUGUUGUGUGUUGAUUAUUUUUGCUUUCUUUUUAGCAUCUUUUAUUUGUUGCACUGCUAGCAUAUAACAUUCUGAGCUGUGGUUCAAACAGCAGUGUUCCACAAUGAAGGGGUUUUUUGUUGGUGUUGAUUUUGAUUUUUUUUUUUUCCCCCCCUGUUGUACAAUUGGCAGCUCACAUUCUGGAGCUCAUGCUGUUGCUUAGCUGACCUGUUCUGUUAAAUACGAGGAUGUCGUCCUGGGAAGAUUGUCCAGAUGACCGAAGCAGAAGUUCGGGGCUUAUGCAUAAAAUCACGGGAAAUAUUUCUUAGCCAGCCUAUUCUUCUGGAGCUAGAGGCACCUCUGAAAAUUUGUGGUGAUAUCCAUGGUCAGUAUACAGACUUGCUUCGAUUAUUUGAAUAUGGAGGAUUCCCACCAGAAGCUAAUUAUCUUUUCCUUGGAGAUUAUGUAGACAGAGGCAAACAGUCUCUGGAAACAAUUUGCCUAUUACUAGCAUAUAAAAUCAAGUACCCGGAAAACUUCUUUCUCCUAAGAGGAAAUCACGAGUGUGCUAGCAUCAAUCGAAUCUAUGGAUUUUAUGAUGAAUGCAAGCGGAGAUUUAACAUUAAGCUGUGGAAGACCUUCACAGACUGUUUUAACUGUCUGCCUAUUGCAGCUAUUGUGGAUGAGAAGAUCUUCUGUUGUCAUGGAGGACUGUCUCCAGAUCUCCAGUCAAUGGAGCAGAUCAGGAGAAUUAUGAGACCUACAGAUGUUCCUGACACAGGUUUGCUCUGUGACCUGCUGUGGUCUGACCCAGACAAAGAUGUGCAAGGUUGGGGUGAAAAUGAUCGUGGGGUCUCUUUCACUUUUGGUGCUGAUGUGGUCAGUAAAUUUCUGAAUCGUCAUGAUCUGGACUUGAUCUGUCGAGCUCAUCAGGUGGUUGAAGAUGGAUACGAGUUCUUUGCUAAACGACAGUUGGUCACCCUAUUCUCAGCUCCAAAUUACUGUGGAGAGUUUGACAAUGCAGGGGGCAUGAUGAGUGUGGAUGAAACUCUGAUGUGUUCCUUCCAGAUAUUGAAACCAUCUGAAAAGAAAGCCAAGUACCAGUAUGGUGGACUGAAUUCUGGGCGUCCUGUCACUCCACCUCGCACAGCUAAUCCGCCGAAGAAGAGGUGAAGAAAGGAAAUAAUGUAGAAAACACCAUCAGAUCUAUCAAGGACAAAACUCCAUAUUACAGUAUAUAAUAAGUGUGCACUGUAAAACCAUCCAGCCAUUUGACACCCUUUAUGAUGUCACACGUUUAACUUAAAGAGACGGGUAAAGGAUCUUUAAUUUUUUCUAGUAGAAAGAUGUGCGACACUGUAUUGUAACAAGUAUAGCUCCAAGUUCUAAUAUCCAGCACAGAGAGGAAAAAAAUUAGGAAAAAGCUAUUUCAAUUACAUAUUCACAUUUACCACGGUUUUUAAAGUUGACCAACAUCCCAGUUAAAAAUUGGUGUAAUAGUUAAACCAGAUGAAAGCAUGAUGUUCAUUUGUGUAAUGUGGUCUUAUUGUUGCUUGAUUGCUUUUACUUUGGUUAUUUUGUAGCUAGAAUGAUGCAAAUAUGGUAUCUAGUCUUAUUUCCUGGUUCUUUGAUAUGAGGAAGGGGCUUUCUAGAACAGCCACUAAUCUCUUAUCCUCCCCCUAAUUCCCUGUUUUUUCAUCAUAAUGCGUGUGCCCCAUUAUAAUGCAAAGUUUAUAGUUCACUAGUGAUUAAAAGGCAAACUGAGUCCCAAAUGCCCAGACUGGACAGCUUGGCAGCCAACAUGUAUCAAGGCAGAAAAACCUGUCCUGACAUUUUAACUUAAACUGCCACACAAUUAAUUUGUGCACUACACUAUUUUAAAUUAUUGACAUUACACUGUGCAAUGGCACUUCAUUUAACUUAGAUAGGGCAAAAAUGGUAUUGCCUAUUAGUUGGUAACUUGAUUAAGUGGUACCUUGGCUUUAGUUUUAUUAGCAUGAAACACCUUUGGCAUGCUUAGCUUCCAGGUAAUUUCCUACCUGCAUCAAAAUUCAUCUUACAUAGUUCCACAGAACAUGAAGAUCCUUAUUUGCUAAGCCUUUAAAAGAUGACAUUCUUUUUCAGAAGAGGGUGUGUUUAAAUGGACACUGUUCAACAUGCAAUAGGCUAGAUGAUGGGUGGUGAGCUGAAAAUGCUACAGGAAUGUCCGACUUUAUACUAAGGCUUGCAUCACUAAAGAUUCUGUCAUUUGGAUUUUCAUGAUCAAAUUUCAUAUACUAUUGUAUAGACUUCUGCUUUGUAGUGUACUAUAGUAGCAAUAAUUUCUGUACGUGAUCAAGAGUUAUGCAGUAUUUCUUUUCAGUUCUCUCCUUUAUUAAAAGAGUUAACAUUGGCAAAUGGUAAGAUACAGAGAAGAUACAAAAUAUAUAGUAGGAUAAAUGAAAGGCACAGAUUUGUGAUGCUUUAGGAUGCAAUACUUAUUGGAUGCAACUACAAAAGCUUUUAUUGAAUAUUGUCAAGUUCGUAAGAUUUUUUGGGGGGAAGGCUGCAGAUUUGUACCAUUCUAAAUGUGCAUCAGUAGAUGUAAAACUCUUAACUUCAGUAUUGUCUUUGAAAAUGUUAAAUUGAGGAUUCUAGUAACUUAUGUUUUAUGAACUGGCACAUUAUAUAAUGCAAGAGAUAUAUUGAUUUCUGACACAGUGAGCAAGUUCUUUAAAAUGGAUUUAAGUCUCUUUUCUAAUUCCAUUUUGUUUUAAAUGCAUAUUUUACAUGUAGGUUUUUUCAUUUAGUAAAAGUUGUCUAAUUCAUUUGAAUGAAGUCUGACUGGUUAUUUUAACAUACCUGACUGUUACUCAAAAUGUGUGGAGUUGGUUGUUGUUUUAAAAAAGGAAAUCUUACAAUCUGUCUGUUACUGAUUUAUACUGGGUUGGUCUGUGGUUUUGAACAAUGGUUUAUUUUACCCCGCUUUGAAGGAAACACCAGUUUCAGUGCUUAGAAUAAAAUGUCGAAAUAGAUUUAUUUUGAUGUUGUUCAAAGACACUUGUUCCUCAAAGUCAGUUAGGAGAAAUGUAUGAGAGUAACUGCAGUUUAUGACAAGGUAAUUAAUGAAACCUAAUCUGUAAGCACUGACAUGGUAACUUCCUGCUCUAAGUCAUUGCUUACUUGAGGUUUAAUUUUGCAAGUUUUGAAAAUGUUGGAUUUUACCAAGGGCCAGCCUCUGUGUUACCAAACAUCUGGAUUAACACUUUUCCAUUUUUUCUUUAGUUUCUGGAACAAUGUCUUCUGUAUCAUAAAAUGUCCAGGUGUAAAGCUGUAUGUUAUGUGAGUACCUAACAUGCUCGCUUGUGUUACAGAUGCUAUGUCAAAAGAAAAAUAAAGUCUUCGGGCCUUCUUCUGUGUCCUA